AUGAUAUUUGGAAGUAUAAUUAAUAAUGAUACUAAACUCAGUAGUGUUGGGCUUGUUUAUAAGCACUAUGGCUUGGAGUUAAUUGUGAAGGAGCUUCAACUUGAUCAGAAACAUCCCGAUGCGCAUCAAUUGUUUCUAGCUGUGUACAAAAACUUCAUUGAGGCGGUAGAUGCUAUAGACAAUGGCAUCAAUCAGUAUGAUACUGACCAGCCACCAAGAUAUGUAAACAAUACGAGCUUGGCACAUAGGAUUGGAAGGUUGAACUUAGAUUGGAUUGAACCUGAUCAGGCUAGUAGCAAAGAAGAUGAAGCCUUUCAUCGGGCAAUGGAACUUGCUGGCUCUGAGUUCUUGGAGUGUGUUCGUUUUCAUGCGAAAUCUUGGUUACCAGCUCGGUCAAUUGUUAUGGAGUGUCUUGCACAACGACAUGUUGUAGACUCGAGUGGAGAAAUCAUGAAGCUCAGUAAACAGUGUCCAUGGAAACUCCAUAUAUUUGCGCUCGAGGAAGAAAUGACGAUUGAUCCGCCCAUAAAAUAUGUUCUUUACCAGGCGGUUUCAGUUUCACCAGACAGGUUUGAGAGUCGUAAAGCUUUGCCAUUUUCAUGGAGGGGUCUAGAAAAAGAGAAGCUCUCAGAGGAAAGCUCAAUCCCGGGAUGUGUAUUUGUGCACAUGAGUGGCUUCAUUGGUGCAAACCGGACCUAUGAAGGUGCCUUGGCAAUGGCAAGAGCCUCUUUGAUUGCUUAG